AAAUGACAUGGUGUGCGGAGAAUGGCUCCCGAUAGAUGUGGUGGAGGUCGGUCAGGUGAUGACGCCUGGCCAGAGCGCUGGAUCCAGCAUCAGAUCUAUCUACGGGAUAGAAUCAGCGGAGGCUGACGAUGACCACCAGACUGGACCGGCUGUUCGUGCUGCUGGAGAGCGGCUCGUCGGCCCUCACGCGCAAGGCGGCUGCCCAGCAGCUGGGCGACGUCCAGAGGAUGCACCCCCAUGAGCUGUACAAUCUGCUGGACAGGGUGCAUCAGUACCUGCAGAGCAGCUCGUGGGACUGCCGGAUCGCCGCCGGCCAGGCGGUCGAGGCCAUCGUCAGCAGCGUGCCGCAGUGGCGGCCCGAGCCCGUAGCCGGCUGCGCAGAGGCGGCCGCGUGCCCGGCGGAACGCGUGCCGCACGUGCAGCUCAGCCUGGACACGUUCCGCGUGGAUGAGGUGCUGGAGACGGGCCCCAUCCUCACCUCGCUGGAGGCCUGCGACAUGGAGCAGGCCGACGGACCGGACGUCUCCUCCCAGCGGCUGCUGCUCAACAAGCGACUGGGUCUGGACGUGGCCGAGAAGCUCGGCCUCGACACGUCCUCCAUCUUCUCCAACGAGGACUUGGCGACCACGCCGCAGCAGGUGGAGCUGUCCUCGUGCUCGUCCCGCAAGGCGAGCCGCCGCGGCCGGAGGGAGGGGCGGCGUCGGUGCAGCCCCAGUAGCGUCCCGUCGCCCGGGUCCGGAGAGCCGGCCGCGAAGCUGGCCCGCAACGACUCGCCGGUGCCACCCAGGCGUCAGCUGUCCUCCUACAUCAGCGUCGAGCGGUGGGACGAGAGUGACGAGUGGCCGCUGGAGUGCUGGUGUGAUCUGCUCUGCGACGACCUGAUGUCGCCGCAGUGGGAGGUGCGCCACGGCGCCGUCACCGCGCUGCGCGAGACGCUCAAGGUGCACGGCUCCGGUGCCGGCCGGCAGCCGGGCCUCUCACAACAGCAGAUGGCCGAGCGGCAGCGCCUGCGCCUGGAGGACCUGGCGCUGCGCCUGGUGCGCCUGCUGGCGCUGGACCGGCUCGGGGACUACAUCGGCGACCAGGUGGUGGCGCCAGUGCGCGAGACGGCGGCGCAGGCGCUGGGCGCGGUGCUGCGCCUCCUGCCGCUGUCGUCGGUCUGGCAGCUGGCGGGCGUGCUGCUGGCGCUGCUCGACCGCACGGAACGGCUGCGCCGCCUCCUGCACGCCGUGCUGCAGGGACUGGACGACGCCUGUGACGACGUGUCGGCCGUGGCCGCCAACUGCCUGGUGUCGUCCUGUGACGAGCUGGUCGGCCUCUUCCCGGCCGCCACCGUGUCCGGCAUAGUGGCCACGCUCUGGGACUCGUUGACCGAGCUGGACGACCUGAUGACCUCGACGCCGGCCGUCAUGGAGCUGCUGGCCACACUCAGCUGCCAGGACGUGGUGGCCGACAGGACUUCGCUGCCGUCGCUGGUGCCUCGGCUGUGGCCGUUCCUGGGGCACACUUCGUCGAGCGUGCGGCGGUCGGCCGCCCUUACCCUCAGCCAGCUGGUCCACAGUCAGGACCUGGAGACGUGGUCGGCGGAGGUGAUUCAGAUGGCGCUGCGCCUCACCUUCCAGCGCGCCUUGCUGGAGGACCAAGCUGCCAUACUGGACCUGUUGGUCAAGGCGUGGGCCGGCCUGGUCAGCCGCACGUCGCUCGCCACGCUGCUGACGGCCACGUGUCCGCACAUCGCCUCCUGGCUGUGCAUCCUGAUGCAGCCCACCAAGAUGGCCAUCAGCCCCGGCCUGCUGCUGGCCGCCCCCCGCCUGACCCGCCGGCCGUGCAGUCCGGGCGCUGUGGACCCGGCUGUGCCGAGCCAGUGUUACCGGGCCGCCAUGCGCGCCCGCCUCACCGGCGCCGCCCUGCUCGGCUCACUCAGCCCCUACAUCGUCCAGCCCAUGCCCGGCGCCGUGUACCUGGUCGAGUCGCCCGUCAGCACGUAUGUGGCGCUGCUCUCCACCCAUCUGACCUCACUGUCUGCCAUGCAGCGCGCGGUGGUCGGCCACGUGAUCGCCGAGUGGGUCAAGGCGGCGCCCCGGUUCGAGUUUCCCGACUCGCUCGUGCAGCGUCUGCACGGCUGCCUGGCCGAGUCGGUCUGCUUCGACGAGACGGCCGUGGGAUUUUCGCGGCUGCAGCAGGACUGCCGCGACUACCUGGCUCUGCUCAAACACUACAAGCUGGCCGUCGAUGCCGGCUUCCAGAGCGCGCGCGUGCUGAGUUUCGAGCAGAUCCGCCAGUUGACCGGGCCGGUGUCGGCGGCGCUGCUCAACAGCAGCCGCCUGUCGGCCAAGGUGAUGGAGAAGCUGCAGGAGCGGCGGCUGAGCCUGCAGCGCUCGGGCGCGCAAGUGUGCGACGACCACACCGGCUGGUCCACCAGGACCCAGCUGGCUCUGGCACGGGCUGUGAUUCUGAUGAACCGGCUCACCGACAAGCUGAACCCGGUAGUGCGGCCCGUCAUGGAGAGCAUCAAACGCGAGACUGACCCCCAGCUGCAGGACCUUGCGGCCGACGGCGUGGUCCGCCUGCUGGAGCUGCACCGCCAGCGCCAGUCGGGGCCCGUCUCCAAGAUCAUCAGAAACCUCUGUGCCUUCAGCUGCUGUGAUCCUCUGAGUACGCCCUGCGUUCAGGAGCUGCGCUCGGACAGCAGGCCGGGCACACCGUGCUCCCCGGACUGCCAGCCGGCCGGCGCCGGCCCCGCCCCGGCUGACGCCCGUCCGCCUGCCGAGCUGCUGGGCAUCGUCAGCCUGGAAAGGCUACAGCAGAGUGAGGAGGACCGGUCGGGUCGGCGCGGCUCGGCGACCAGACCGCCCGGGCGCCCGAGCGAUGUCAGCGCCGCCGCUCCAGCCGCUUCCUCGGCCGCCGCUCAAGAGAACAACGCCGCGUUAGAACUCCAGGCAAGAACAUGUCCGGCCGCCGCUGAGGCCUUUGUGUCUAGCUGUUGCCCAUUGGUUCUUUUGUAUCUCAUUUCCCACCCAAGUGGUGUCUUGCUCAGCCGUGAGGUGCAGCGGCGGGGUGCCUGCCGCGCGCUGACGGCGGUCUGCCAGCGCUUCGGCGCCGCGCUGCCGGACUGCCUUUUGGAGCUGUCGCUGGCGCAGCUGGACACCGUGCCGCCGCCCGAUCACGCCGUUCAGCACCUCAUCAACGGCCUCCAGGUCACUGAGGUCAUCGUGCCGGCGUUGCAUCCCGACAUACACCAUCUGGCGCUCUCCCGGCUGGACCGGCUGCGGGACUGCCUGUGCCACGGCCACAAGGCGGUGCGCCACAUGGCCGCCCGCUGCCUGGCCGCCCUGGCCCGGCUCGACCUGCACUGCGCCGCCACUUACCUCGUGGAGCACGUGCUGCCGCUGCUCGGCAGCGGCUCGAGCGUGGCCACGCGCCAGGGCGCCAUAGAAGCAGUCAGCUGCCUAGUCGACUCGCUCUGGAUGGACGCGCUACCCUAUAUCGUGCUUCUCGUCGUACCCGUGCUCGGUCGAAUGUCGGACCGGGACACGGCCGUGCGUCUGCUGGCGUCCCGCUCGUUCGCCGCCAUCAUCCAGCUGAUGCCGCUGGAGCCGGGCUGCGGCGGCGCCGAGGCCGUGCCGCCGCACCUGGCCGAGCUGAAGCGCGCCGAGCGCCGCUUCCUCGACCAGCUGAUGGACCCGGCCUGCAUCGACCAGGUGGCCGUGCCGGCGUCAGUGCGCGCGCAGCUACGGCCGUACCAGCGGCGCGGUGUCAGCUGGCUCGCCUUCCUCAACACGUACCAGUUGCACGGCGUGCUGUGCGACGACAUGGGUUUGGGCAAGUCGCUGCAGAGCCUCUGCAUGUUGGCGGUGGAUCAGGCCGCCCGACGCGAGCAGCUGCGGCGCGGCGGCGGCGGCGCUGAGGGUGCGCUGCUGCCCUCCCUCAUCGUGUGCCCGCCCACGCUCACCGGCCACUGGAUGUACGAGGUGGAGAAGUUCGUUGACCCGAGCGAGCUCAGCCCGCUGCACUACUUCGGCCUUCCGAACGAGCGGGUGCGCCUGCAGGCGCGGCUGCCGCAGCACAACCUGGUGAUCGUCUCCUACGACAUCGUCCGCAACGACCUGGACUUCUUCUCAGGCGUCAAGUGGAACUACUGCAUUCUGGAUGAGGGGCACAUUAUCAAGAACGGCAAGACCAAGGUGGCCCGCGCCAUCAAACAGCUGGAUGCCAUGCACCGGCUGAUCCUGACGGGCACGCCGCUGCAGAACUCUGUGCUGGAGCUGUGGUCGCUGUUCGACUUCCUGAUGCCUGGCUUCCUGGGCACGGAGAAGCAGUUCACGUCGCGCUACAGCCGGCCGAUCCUGCUGUCGCGCGACGCCAAGGCCAACUCGCGCGAGCAGGAGGCCGGAGCGCUGGCGAUGGAGGCGCUGCACCGCCAGGUGCUGCCCUUCCUGCUGCGCCGCCUGAAGGAGGACGUGCUGGACGACCUGCCGCCCAAGAUCACGCAAGACUAUUACUGCGAGCUGUCUGACGUGCAGAAGCGGCUGUACGAGGCGUUCACGCGCUCGCAGGCGCAGCUCUCGCUGGUGGAGGGUCUGGAGAGCGCUGAAACAGGCCGCAGCGAGCGCGCGCCGGCGCACGUGUUCCAGGCGCUGCAGUACCUGCGCAAGGUGUGCAACCACCCGAAACUGGUGCUGAGCGAGCAGCACCCGAGCCACACGGACGUCAAGGAGUGGCUGCGCGCGCACGACUCGACGCUGGACCACAUCCAGCACUCGGCCAAACUGGUGGCGCUGCGCCAGCUACUGCUGGACCUGGGCAUCGGCGAGGAGGCGGGCGCGGCGCCGCUCGCCGUCGACGUGGUGCACCCGCACCGGGCGCUCAUCUUCUGCCAGCUCAAGUCGAUGCUGGAUAUUGUGGAGCGCGACCUGCUGCAGCGCCACCUGCCGGGCGUGACGUACCUGCGGCUGGACGGCGCUGUGCCGGCGGGCGAGCGCCAGGGCCUGGUGCACCGCUUCAACACGGACCCGAGCAUCGACUGCCUGCUGCUGACCACGCAGGUGGGCGGGCUGGGCCUGAACCUGGUUGGCGCCGACACCGUCAUCUUCGUCGAGCACGACUGGAACCCGAUGAAGGACCUUCAGGCGAUGGACCGCGCGCACCGCAUCGGCCAGCGGCGCGUGGUCAACGUGUACCGGCUGAUCACGCGCGGCACGCUCGAGCAGAAGAUUAUGGGCCUGCAGAAGUUCAAGCUCAUGACGGCCAACACUGUCAUCACCAGCGAGAACAGCAGCCUGCUCACCAUGGGAACCGACCAGCUGUUCGACCUGUUCACGCUGGAGGCGCACCGCAAGGAGGGCGGCGCGGCCGACGGGUCGCGCGCUCCCGAGGCACGGGGCAUCAAGGCCAUGCUCGAGUCGCUGCCCGAACUGUGGGAAGGAGAGCAGUACGAGCAGGAGUACGACCUGACCAGUUUCAUGAAGACCCUACGCUCGAAUGCGACGCCCUGACGCGGCCCGUUCACACGGCUGGCUGCCCUGGUCCGGGACCACGCGCGCUGUCACUGCAUGGGCCCGUUAUUCGGUGGUAUUCGGUGGAAUUCGUGGCCGUGGUUACCUAAUUGAGUCCCGAAUGACCCUGGGUUCAAAAGGUCUCGAAACGCACAUCCUUGCGUGCAGGGAGCUAAACUGCUGGCGUUACGUAAGCAGACCUACUCUGGACGACUUGGUCCGUUGCCGUUGCGCACUGUCCGCGUGAUCCUCCCCCGAAUGACGUCAGCCAUAGUCCGGGACGCUGUGCGUCCGCCUCGAGGUCCAGUGGCGCGCGCCGGGAAGCCACUCGGUGCGCAGCCUGUCCCGCGCCGGCGCGCUGCUGUGCAGACUUUCAGGGAGCGUGCAGUGUGCCGUGUGAUAUUGUCGGUCGGACGCCUCCUAACCUAGGCAGCCUUUGGGGCUGUCCGCCCGCUGGGUUCUAUGUUGCGACCGUCGGGGUCCAAACUAAGACGGUGCUGGGCUGGGUGGAUGUCGUUGCGACUGAGGUCGUCCUGCUGCUGCUCUCUACGCACCCGAUUGCGAGGUAUGCGUUGACUUGGAGCGCGAAUGCCCAUGCGGAUGGUCGAGAGGCGCUACGACACGUACUUUGGAUGCAUUGGUGCCUCGGAGUGUGAUGUCGAGUGUGUAAACAAGUUAGGUUUUGACAAAUACAUGGCCUUGAAACGA